AUGUCUCCCGACCAACAAUCAGCGCCAUGGAUGGACGGCGUCUCGCCUCAAUGUGACAUUCUCAGACUCCCCCACGAGGUCUUGCACACCAUCUUGAGAAUGACCCUCGAGCCCGACCUCACCUUCUACCGCCACCAGACCGAGGUGAUUGAGGCCGAAUGGAGGCGGCACAGGGCGUCGCUUCCGCUUCUCCUGACCUGUCAGCGUUUCCGCGACGUGGGAGACACCAUCGCGUGGAGCACCUUGUCGCUCGGCUAUGCACUGGACACCGCUCGCAUGCGUCUCGGGGCAGAGAACCCAAGCAACUGGUCAGAGCGCAACCCCUCCACGAUCCUCAAAGCCCUGAACGGCCGACCUGGCCGAUGCCACGCGGUCAAGAGAGUCAUCUUCUACUUCGCCUCAAAUAUGAUGGUGCGCGAGAGCCCUCACAAGCUUCCCGUCACUGAGAACGAAAAGCUGGACUCUGUAACGUACAUGAACCCGGAAGACAUUGAAGCUAUGACUCGAAUGCUCCGGUCUUAUAUCCAGCACUGGCCAGUGACCAAGCUGACGCUCGAGGGAGGCAUUGGAAUCUAUGGGAAUACGUACGCCACCAUAAAGCAGUCUACCGCGUCGCUGUCAGCGCUGCCUGCGCAUCUGGAUGAGGACACUAUGUACAUGAGGAACCUUGACAAGCUCGUCGUCAGGGGAUUUCAAGUUGUUGCCUUGAUGCUCGCCGUGCCUCCCCGGCCUGAGAUAAAGAUGGCGCAGCGGAAAUCAGGUCCACUCAGCGUGCGAGAGCUUGAACUGCAGGUCAUUACCGUUGCAGGCUUCGACGCCAGGGUCGGGAAUUUCCUCCGCCAGUGCACGAACAUCAAGGUCCUCAAGCUGUUCGUUCAAGACGGCCGGUCGCCGUUCUCGGGCAACCUGGCCGGUCUCGGGGUCCAUUCCAACCGCGACCUGGCCAAGUCCCUCGAGGAACUCCAUCUGCGCGCCGAGUCCGAUGAUUGCAAAGACCUCUCCAUGGAAGGCUUCACCCUCUGGCAUUUCUUGCGACUCAGGAAGCUCACCCUGUCGCCGUACUUUAUCACACUUGCGUCGCAGCCUCAGCUCAGCUGUGGCGAGGUGUUUGCUAGCCCCCGUCUCGCCGAGCUCGAGCUUGACUACUCAGCGGGACUCUCAGAGAGGCACGGCGAGAUGUUCAUUGAUAUUCUCGUAAAGAAAACCGCCGAGUUCGUGGAGUGGUGCCGGAGGCGAAGGGCGCCCUUGCGCUGGGUCGCCGUCUCGCUGCCGUCCAUGGGCCUGAAGAGAUGGGAGGGAGCACUGGAUCUCACAGAGUACGAAAAAGUCACCACCAACACCUUUGCGCGGUUUGCUCUGGGGUUGGGGUUGCGCCUGGAGGAACCGAUCCGUGUGCGGCUCCGUGACGGGGUCGAGAUUGAGUUCGAUGCCCUCGCGUUUCAGGAGAGGUUUCCUCGGGGCUAUCAGGAUCCGGAACCCAACCCGGCCCUUGAGGAGCUCUGGAUGGAAAACAUACAGCAGAGCGAGGGUCAGAGCCUAACUUAG